AUGCUCUCCCGACGUGUCGCACAGACCAACUUUGAUCCCGGCCGUGGCGACGCUCUGCGCGCCUGCGUCGCCAGCUUGCUCGACUUGCCUCUCGCCCAGACGCCAGACUUUCUGAACGCCGCGGGAGGCGACUACUGGCGGUCGAUGGUGUCGCACGGCGCCGCGCUCGGCCUCGCACCAAUCAAGGUCGCGCUCGGCGCCGACGGCAAGCUGCCGAACCCGUCCGUCGAGGGCGGCCUCUGCAUUUUACGCGGCACGUCGCCCCGUGGCGCGCACGGGCACGUCAUCGUCGCCGCCGUCGGCCGUGACGGCGUCACUCUCGAUCCCGUCCACGACCCGCACCCCUCCGGACACAUGCUCCUCCCGCCGUACACCUGGGCCGCCUUUUACGCAUCGCCCUGCCCCGCCGCCGCCCGCUCGGCGGCGACCGCCGCCACGAGCAGCAUCGCCGCCGGCAGCGCCGCCAGCAGCGGCAGCGGCGCCGAGGCGAGCGGCAGCGGCGGGGCGGCCGCCACCAUCCUCUCGCGGCUCGCUCCGGCGCUCUGCGCGGCCGGAUUCGAGGUGCAGGCGCCGCUGCUGGUCCGCUGGUACAACGAGCACCCAAAGGUGACUCCGCUCGGCGUGGCGCACCACCUCGACGCCGAUGGCGACACGCUCGCGCUUCUGGUCGGCAACUCGCGCACGCUCUGGCGCCCCUUUGUGCGGUGGGUGGGCGAGCGGCUGGCGGAGGACGAGAACUACCUCGCGCGCCACCCCGACGCUCUCGACGCAUACGCGCGCCACGCCGUCUCCACCCUCCUCCGCGCUCUCGACGGCGUGCCCGGCCUCGACGCGGCGCCGUCGGUCGUCUUCGCGGACGAGACGCUCGAGACGCACGGCCGCUGCGUCUCGGACUGCUUUCUUCGGUGGGACGACUCGGACGAGCAGGCCAACUGGGGGCGGCUGCGCUCGAUCGUCGACGCGUUUGAGAUUGGGCGCGAGCACCGGUACGAGCACGAGAUGAUGCAGUUCCACUACGAGCCGGACGCGCACAGGCGGCUCGAGGCGCUCCGCCGUACCGCUCUCUGCGCGCGCGGCCCCGGCGACGGCGGCGCGGCGGCGCGGCGAGCCGCGCUGUCGUGUGACGCGCGGACCGGGGGCGCCGGCGGGCUGCCGGCGGGGACGCAGACAGCUGUGAGCGCCUUUGACCAGGGUCAACCGGCCGAGACGCAGACGGCAGCGGCGGAGCCGGGCCAGCAGGCACAGACGCAGACCUUCCUCGCGACGGGUGAGGAGGCGACGCAGACGGCGCUGCAGCGCACGGCCGAAGCGGGCGUCCAGCACCGCCCGGUGCUCGCGAACCAGGUGUGA